ACCGCAUAGGAUCCUAUUAAAUCAUCUCUACACAUCCAACACACAAAGUUCACAAAUGUUUAUGUAAAAUAUUAGUUGUAAAUUCAUGUCAGCGCAAUCAUGGCCAGCAAGCAGCCCACAUGCCAGCAGCUGGCGUAUCUGGACGAGCUAAAACAGCGGCUCCAGGAGCUACGUCUUCGCCAGGAGACUUUCAUAGAGGAGACGGCCGUGAUUCUGCGUAAUAUUAGCUCAGAUCGACCAGUUCAAGUCAAAGUGGUACCAUCGACAAAGUCUGUAGUUCUGCCAGUUCGAUGUGAAGAGGAACUCGAAAGUGCUGGCAACAUCAAGCAAUUGAUUCGACGGUUUGAGGAUCUUCGUAAGACAUCGAAGCAGUUCAGUGAUCAGGCCAUGCCCGAGGAGCUUCUGGGUGUCGAUGUGAGGAAACUGCUGAAGGGCUAUGAGAACCUCAUAAUAGAGGGCAACAUUCUGCAUAAGAACUGGAUGCUCCUGAAAAAGACUACGGAAAGUUGUGCGCGUCAAGAAUACCUAAACGAAGACCUGCCCAGAACCAGGCCCGAGGCAACAACUCAACAACAGUAUAACAAUAUCCAAACCAACAGAAAACUAUUUGAGAAACUGGCAAAGUCCCCAUCGAAAUUCAUUCAUAGAAUUAGGAGAAGUAACAACUCAAAUCAAAUCAAAUUUGGUGUGGGAUCUAAGAAACUAAUGUUCCCUGAACACGAAAGAAAGACUCAAUAUUCUGAAAAAGAGCGUCGGCAACGCUUUGGUGCGCUGCUUCAGUUGAUAUUUCGUGUAAGCCCGUUCAACAAGUGCUCCAUGCGGAAGACAAUUUCUGAAAAUGAUGUAAGAAAAUCCGAUGUGAACAAAUGAACACGGAAAACGAAGCGAUAAAUAGUACUUAAACAAUAUUCAGAAAAUCCCACUUAUACUGUAAUUGAGCUAAGGUCCAACUAAUAAAUAGAACACACAUCCAAGCAAA